GAUAGAAAUGUGAUAGGAUCUGUUACUCAUGCGAUCAUAUGAUUAUAUGAAUCCGCAUCCAAUACAUGCUCUAUCUUUUACCAAUACAAGGAUACAGAAAAAUAUAUUUAACUAUUGAUCCAAGUCGACGAGAGAGCGAAACGGACGACAAUAAAGUAAAAGUGAACGGGGGAAUAGAGUCACGUGUUUUUCAACGGAAAUGUUUAAUCCACGAUAAGCAGUUCCGUUCCAACUUGAAAGAUAAGCAGUUCCGUUCCAACUUCAAAGGCGUGGUUAUAUAGUCCAGGUGUCACACUUUCAUUGGCCUUUAUACACUCCUCCACUAGCUUUUAGCCUCCCCCUCCUAAUAACUGAAAGGCAAAUAACCGCCUUAUUCAAAGCUUUCCUGUUUCUGUACUUUGGGAGGGAAAACGCAUACAACCGCUCAAACCAUAAGACAAACCCUAUCCUCCAUCGUCAAGCUUUUUUCACACUCUCUCUCUCUCUGGAUUUCGAUGAACCACGCCACCACAGACUUCCCUAGUUCGUCUAGGCAAGAAAGCUUCGACAGUUUCAGACCUCGAAUCACCGUUACCGCCACCACCGGCGCCGACGACAGUGGUGCCGGCCCCAGUAGAUCCCCCGAGAUCAGCCGGAGAAGGAAGAGAAAAAAAAUGUGCCGAUUAGCCGCUGAUCCAAACGAUUAUCCAUCGCAGCAUCCUAAAGGAUGGAAGAAGCCUGACUCGAGCGCUCCUAAGAUAGCCCGCCCCUGCAGCGAGUGUGGCAAGCAAUUCUCCUCUUGGAAGGCUCUGUUCGGACAUAUGAGAUGCCAUCCUGAGCGCACUUGGCGAGGGAUCAAUCCGCCUCUCAAUUCUCGUCGUCCUCCGUCGGAAAUCCCUUCAGAGAGUCUCUCAACGAAUUUCACUGAAGCGGAUCAUGAAGUGGCAACUUGUCUAGUAUUGCUAUCUAUGGAUACGCCGUGCUCUAUAGUUGAUAGAGGCUACAGGGACUGCCAUGAAGCACUGGUCCCUGAAGAUGUUGAUGAGAUUGCGAGUCCUUCGGGGUUGAAUUGUAGAUUUGAAUGCUCGAGUUGCAAGAGGGUUUUUGGAUCCCACCAAGCUCUGGGUGGACACAGGGCUAGCCACAAAAAUGUUAAGGGUUGUUUCGCAAUUGCGAGAAGUGAUGGGGAAGACGAUUGUCUGCAAAUUGGCGAUCAUGGACAUGACAGGAGUACCGGAGCGGGAGAAUUGGUAUUGGCUGGAGAAGACAAGCUGGACAUGGCUUUAGGCCACCAAACCAGAAUGUGUAUGAGUGUGUUCUCUAAUAGUCAAGCUCUUGGUGGGCACAGGAGGUUGAACUUGAAUCCUUCCAUAAAGAGGGAGGAUUGUGGUGAUCUGGACUUGAACUUCCCUGCGCCAUUAGAGAACAAUGGGUCAUCUUCUUCAUCGUCGUCUUCUUCAGGGCUUGUUUUGGACCUGAGAUUGGGAAUGUGAUAAAGAGAUGAUCCUAAUGAAGUCCUCCUCUCUCUCCCUAAUGGAGGGUAUGUUAUGUUCCAACUUCUAAUGCUUCAAUUCCUAGUUUUAACAGAUAUAUCUCAACUUAAGAAACCUUCUUAAUUACCUAGAGUGAUUUUUCAGUUUAUGGUUCCAAAACUAUACAGAAACAUGACUUCAAUGCAUAUGCUUAAACACUUCUUUCCAUCUGUUAGUAAUGAAAAACUGAUGAAUUGAU